GUUUUGUUUGUAGUAAAGGAAGUGAAAAUCGUAUAAAUUAGGACGCUAAACCGCGGACUUUGCUCUCAACACCGCGUCUGAUCCAAACUGAUAGUGCUGGUUGUACUGCUGUGGUACGAUUUGUGCACAUGUGUUUCAGUGUAAACUAAAUGUGGGUGGGGCGUAAACAACCGGGUACGUACGCACGCGUGAGCUGAAUUCUUGCCAGGAAAAAGAUUCUGCGGAAACAUUGAACAUCGCAUGAUCCUGGUUAAACCAGACGUAUGAGGCUUUAAAUUUGCUUAUUUAAUUAAGACAGCUCCAGUUAAAAAACAGUUUCUGAUCAUCAACUCACCAUGCCUCGUAAACGAAAAGCUGCAGCGGCCAAAGCUGGAGGCAAAAAGAAGAAAGUAGAGGACCCCCCCGCUACCGACAGCAAGACUGAUAUCAAGAAGAAAGUAGAGGCUCUCAAGACUGCGGAGAAGGGGAAAAAGAAGACCUACGUCGUGGAUAGCUACUACUUUGGCUCUGGCGCUGUGUACGAGGACUUUGAUUGCAUGCUGAACCAGACCAACAUCUCGCAGAACAACAACAAAUAUUACGUCAUCCAGUUGAUACAAUCUGGCAAAAAUUACACUGUGUGGACUAGAUGGGGUCGUGUUGGAGAGCCGGGAGCCAAUCAGAUGAACUCGUUUUCUGACGUCAGCCAGGCCAUCAAAGCUUUUGAGAAGAAAUUCCAGGACAAGACGCGCAACAAGUGGGAUGAGCGGGCCAAUUUCGCCCCAGUGGCCGGCAAGUACACGCUGAUUGAGGUGGAGCAGAGCGAAGACGUGGAGGAAGACUUGAAGAAGCUGAGUGAACUGGAAGCUGGCGGCUCCAAAAAAACAGCUAAAUCAGAGUAUGCCCCAAGUAAACUGGACACGCCAACCCAGAAACUCAUGGAUCUGAUCUUCGAUAACAACAUGUUUCAAGAACAGAUGGCGAACUUUGAGCUUGAUGUGAAGAAAAUGCCCCUGGGUAAACUGAGCAAAGCCCAGCUGGCUAAAGGCUUUGAUGCUCUUGAGGCCAUUGAGACUGCCAUCAACAACAAGGCUGGCACCAAGAAACUGCAGGAACUCAGCUCCAGGUUCUACACGUUGAUACCGCAUUCCUUCGGCCGUAAGCUCCCGCCGACCAUCAGCCAAGCUGAGACGGUGCAGAACAAGAAAGAUAUGCUCCUGGUACUGAGCGACAUUGUCAUUGCUCAGGAUAUCAAGAGAGAGCAAGACGAGACACUGUCACAGUCCCAGGCUGCAGUGGCACCGAAUCCGCUGGACGUGAACUAUGAACUGCUGAAAUGCAAGCUGGAACAUGUGGCUCCCAAGUCAGAGGAACACAAGGUGAUUUCUACCUAUGUUGACCACACAAAGGGUGGAUGGAGGCAGCCCAAGUUGUUGAAUGUCUGGAAAGUGGCUAGAGAAGGAGAAGAUAAGCGUUUUGCUGCCCACAAAAAUCUCGAGAAUCGUCGUCUGUUGUGGCAUGGCACUAACGUGGCUGUGGUGGCAGCCAUCCUGAAAACCGGCCUGCGCAUCAUGCCCCACUCUGGCGGCCGCGUCGGCCGUGGGAUCUACUUCGCUUCCGAGCACAGCAAAUCUGCCGGAUAUGUGGGAACCACAAACAGCGGUACAGGCAUCAUGUUCCUGAAUGAGGUCGUCUUGGGUGAGGAGCAUCAUAUCACCAUGGAUGAUAGCAGUCUCAGGAGUGCCCCGCCCGGCUCCCACUGCGUCAUUGCUAAAGGAAGGACAGAACCAGAUCCUAAGCAUGAAACCCACUUGGUGAUGGAUGGCAAGAAAGUGACAGUCCCACAAGGAAAGCCUGUCAAUCAGAGUAAAUACAACAACAGCUACUUCUCACAGAGCGAGUAUCUGGUGUACAGCGAGAGCCAGAACCGUAUCCGCUACAUGCUGGAGUUUAACUUCCGCUAAAAAUGGCAACAGCGGCGAAUCGGAUAUUUUGGAAGAGGUAAAAUGAAAAACAAACAAAGAACCCACAACUUGAUUCUUGUCAUAAAUUGUUAGGACAAAUGAGAAGUUUCCAAGUAUCAGAUUUAUACUUCAAACACAAUUCUCGGUUUUGUUUUAGAAAUAGCUGGUUGGAUUUUAUUUUUCAAGAAACAUUUAUCAUUUUUUCAUAACCCUAUAAUCUCAUAGAUUGUUUAUAUGUUCAUUGUUUAAAUAUGGUGUUUAAGAUCCCCCUAAACAAUCGGAUGCAAUAACAAGAGAUAUAAUUGUAAGUGUACUAGAAUUAAAAAAAAAAAAAAUCUUGGUACAGAUUGUCUACCAAGAGCAUUGAAAUAUUUUGCGUAAUUGUUAUGAUCGUAAAAGUGUUGGUGCAUGUUCAGAUUUAUUUGCUCUUUGUUCUUCAACCGGUCAGUUUGGUGUACUUACAUAUACGAUCAGAUCAAAUGUUAAACUGGAUGCCUAACUUUGUAUUGUACAAAUAUGUGAGGACAGGCAAUAGUCUCAGAGCUCUUGAAACCAUCUUGUUUUAGGGCUGUGCAUUGGAACCGGGUACCUGAGUAUCCGUUGAUGUCAGGAACGGGUUCCAGAUUAUGGGAUAGGCAUUCUUGUAACCAACUUGCCAUAUUACUUAGUAACAUCUCAGACAAUGAAAAAGUAUCUUGCUGUAUUGAAGCACCGGUGUGCUAUUAUCGAGCAGACCUUAUAAUUAUGAACAAUCCGUAACAGCAACUUCCGAGAUAUGUAUUUUAGGGUUGGGUUUCUUAAACAGGUACCCAGGUAGCCAUGAGGGAUUUUGAGACUAUGUUCAUGUACAGAUUACACUGAAUUAACCAAUUAUCUGUUAAAAGACCUCACAAAAUUGUUGGUACGGAUUAAUUACCAACAACAGAUUUUGUUCAUGUAAGUUAUGCAUGCUUAGGAUGUCACCAUUAGACUUCCAAGCUCAACCUGAUGAAAGAAUUUUCAAGGGAUUGUAUGUGAAUGGGCCAUUUCAUUUUCAAUUUAGCUACCAAAGGAAUUGUGCUUAAUGGAAUUUGUAACAUACAGCUCAUGUCAGUUAUGAUUAUGGCAGUGAAAUGAGCAUGGACUGUAUGUUCAACCUUUAUAAUGAGUGCAGUCAAAUUUGCUACUCUUGCAAAAUGUUGUUGAUCAUUUUAAGCAAUCAUUUUAAAGUCUUUUAUGCCAUGCUGUUGUUUAUCUUUUGCUUUUUUUCUUGGAUGGUUCAGAGUUUGAAUUGAGUAGAUUAGUUAGAGUAGUCUGCUAUUUUGCUUACAAAUGGAAAGUGAGAUGAGCCUUUUAACAAGUAUAUAUUUUUAUGAAAGACACAGAUUUGGUCAAAUCUGGUGAAAUCUUUGCCAAAAGUAUAGCUUUGCUUGUAUUUAAGCAUGAAAUCAGUGAUAUGAUAUGUAGUUAUUUUUAAAAUAUAUUUUACUGUUUUAUUAAAAUAGAUGAAAUGCAUGCCAUAUCAAUUUGAUAAGAAAAAUCAUGUGAAAACAAUGGCAUUACAAUUUAAAGUAGCUUAGUUUAUUACUUCAAAAACUUUACAAUUUUCACUAUAAAGUUGGAAUAUUGUAUUUUGUCAAUACAAAAUUAAUUUCCGGAGUAUUUUGUUUUUAAAGUGUUUUAGCAUUUGAUGAUAUUUUAAAGAAAAUCAGUUUAUGACGUUAGUUUAUGUUAAAUACGUUUUUAAAAUUGUACAAGAAAUACCUGUUUCUUGUAUUCAGUGUCCUCUAUAGAAAAUCAUGAUGUUUUAAAAACUUAAUGUGAGGAAAAAACUUAAUUCAUAACAAAGUGCAAAUCAUGCCUUAUUAGUUACAGUUAUUUAAUUAAAUCGCUGUCUAUAUUGAAAUAUGUACAUUUAGAUAUGAGUGAUAUCAGUUUUAUCACCAAACUAUAUGAAGUUUUGACUUAACUAAAAAUUGAGCUUGAAAGUUUUUUAAAAUAAAAAAAAAGAGAAUCGUACAUUA